AUGAUCAAUGUCAUCUCACAACAGGUCAUGCCCUUCUUCCUCACUGGCCUCUUUGACGAUGACUACUCCACUAGAGUCCUCGUGUUCGCCCUCAUCGAGAUGGUUGGGGAAAAAUACGAGAAAUUGAACGAGGUUGAUCUGCGAGAGAAGCGUCAGCUUGGCCUAGACGCGGCAUGGACAUACGAUGGCAGGGCUUGUGAUAUUCCAUUCUUACCUUUGAUUCACGGCGUCCAUCAUGAGCUCGCCGCUCGAGCUGCUGUCUUCGAUGUGAAAGACUACGACUGGCCGCUCAUGGCGGAGCUCGUCACCACCGGUGCCAAGGCCUCGACUUGGGGCGAGAUGUUGGGUGAGGACAUCAGCGAGGAGGUUCAUCCUUGCGACCCUCAAUCAAGUAACGCCUUGAAUGCUGCGAGACUCUUGGCUGUAUUGGUCGGAUUUGUCGAAGAAGGUGAGCUCCAGCUUGUUUAG